GAGACAUUAUCGGAGCACACAAUUCCCGUAACCCCAAAUUUUACAUCCGUCAGUUUUAUUCCUCCGGCGAUCGCUUCUCUUCCUUGUAUCUCAUUGUGUUGGAGUGUUGGUUUCGUUUUCUCAGCGUGAGCUCUUUUACCACUGCAACAAUUGGAAGAUCAACGGCCUCUGACAGAUAUGUUCAAGUUCUGGGGUUCUCCUCAAGAGCAACAAGUUUCUUCUCCAAGGCCACAGGAAAGUACUACCAAUUCAUGGUAUCCUCCAUCUGCUAGUCCACCAAGUUCAUCCGGCUCUCCUAUUCCUAAUGACAUCAAUUCCAACACUUACACUGAAAGGCUUGAAGAUCGAUCUCACUUAUCAUCUCAUGAAACUCAAUCUCCAGUUGUAUAUCUGCAAGACAAAAGUAUUGAUGAGUUACGGAGGCUUUUAUCUGACCAAGGAGCCUAUCAACAGUUCUUGCUUUCAAUUGAUCCUGUAAGAACUCAGAAUAAUGUACGAGAUGAGCUUAAGAAAGAAACCCUGCAACUUGCUAGAGAAAACUUGGAAAAAGAACCCCAGAUAACUGAAUUAAGGAACCAGUGCAUGAUCAUACGAACAAUGGAAUUAGCAUCUGCUCAAGAAAAGCUACAUGACCUCAAGAAAAAAACCCAACUCCUUCAAUGUUACUCCCCGGAUUCCUUGCUAAACAAGCUACAAGAGUGUAUGAAUAAAACAGAUGAGGAAUCAGAAAUGCUACAUGAACAGCUUCUUGGAAAGGAGAUUGAUGUUGUGACUUUUACUAAAAAGUAUAAACAACUUCGGAUUAAUUAUCAUAAACAGUCUCUUACCUAUCUUGCAGCCAAGACUAGUGUUGUUGGUUGAUCGUAUUUUUAACAGGUUUGAAUGUCAUAAACUGGAAACCAACUAUUUACUUUUUUAUUCACAAAACACUGUUGAAAACUAUUAAAAUAAUGGUGUAUUUUGUAAACACAAAGUUUCAGUUAUUUGAAGAAAAAACCAAUGGUGAUUUGUCAAGAAAAAAUAAAAUGGUUUUUGACUUGUUUAUGAGAUUAAAAAGCAAAAUUCCAAGAUUCUUGUGUGUUGAAA